CUCAAAAGGGAUGCUAACAUGCUAGAAAGUGUCCAGAGACGAGCGACAAAAUGGGUGAUCGGCCUCCGCAACAAAUCAUAUGAGGAGAGACUGAAGAAAUUAAGUCUUUUCACACUUAGUUACCGUAGUCACAGGGGAGACCUCAUCACCGUCUAUAAGAUCCUAAAUGACCAGGCCCAUCCUGAUAAGAGCAUCCUGCCAUUAAGUGAUUAUAGGCUUCCACGAGGUAACCCGCUAAGGAUAGCACACCAGAGACCAAGGACUCGAGUGCGUUCACAUUUCUUCUCGCUUCGAGUUUGCCGUCUCUGGAACGCUUUACCGGCGGCCGUAACUACAGCUCCAUCUGUGGAGAUUUCUAAGCGGAAGCUGGACAAUCAUGCAGAAAUGCAUGGUUUGUGUCUCAAUGGCUUACCCUCUUAAAAUUUGAAACCACAUUGUCAAUGGAUAAGCAUACAAGCUAAAUCUUCACGACCCGUCCUGUCUUCUCCCACUGUACCGUCUACUCUAUCUUUCUUUCUUUCUUUAUUAUUUCACUUAUCUCAACCUAUAUUAUCUACACUACAACCUUUUAUUAUCAUUAUCAUUAUUAUUAUUAUUACUCUACUUUUAUGACUAUACCGAAUGACCAACGGGUGUUAGGUCAAACUCCAUUCACGGCAGCAGCUGAGUCCUAACAUACUGCACACUACAAACCACAAUCUUGACCAAUCCUCGCAUCACUCCUCCUGGAGUCUACCAGAGCUAAAGCAGUCGAGUGGCGGGAUUUACUACGCAUAAGUUCACCGAAGAUCUGGAACCUCUACCUUAAAAUCAAGAAGCGAGCUCAAAGAAAUCACUGGUUUAUACUAGCUCGUAAUCAGGAUAUAGGAUAUUGGAUAUUGGAUACUUACUUUUUGCGUCACUAUGAGUAGCUUGGAUUUGAAACCAAAAUAUGAAAUAGGUGAAAAAUUACUUUGUUUCCAUGGGCCUCUUAUGUAUGAGGCAAAAUGUCUAGACGUCAAAGUGAAAGAAGAUGGUGUAAUGUAUUUUGUGCAUUACCAAGGUUGGAAUAAAAACUGGGAUGAAUGGGUGACAGAGAAACGUAUGUUCAAGUAUAAUGAAGAGGGUUUGAGAAAACAAAAUGAAUUAGAGCGACAAAUAAAAUCGGGCAAGGUUAAAGUUUUGAGAAAGUCCGACUUGAAGUCACAGUCAUUGCCACCUCCAGAAGUCCUGGAGGACGUCGAGCGGACAUUGAGGCCUGGUCAAGUGAAACAAGAAAGAUGGCCUUCUCUCUCAGCCUCGUUUGUCGAUGUCACUGCCUCCAUCUUUGAAAUCUUGGCUUAUAGAUGAUUGGGAUUUGAUUACUCGUCAAGCUCGGUUUGCUGGAGGUCUUUGGGCGAAGUCGUACUGGUGGGGAACAGGGGUGUAACAGCAGUGAGGUGUUUCCUUCAGAUGACCAGCAAGCCAGCCACCUAUGCUGUCUCUCCACUCUGGAGAGAGGGGGUUAAAAAAGAUUGACCCCAAAAAUUGUACAUCCCAACUUACCCGACCUACGGUGGUCCGUAACCGGCGGUAAGUUUACUAAUACGGAACCAAAUCAAGAAAUCAGUUGUGUCCCCUGGGCUCUGCGGUCACGCAAAACUAAACGUCUCUCUGUUUCAGGUACCCGAAGAAUCAAUCAACUUCCACAGUGGUGUGGGCAGCCGGAAAGUAACAACCGCCCACACACACUUCCAAAAGCACACGAAGCCUUCCUGAUUUACUUUCGUAUUGAUUCAGUGGAAUGAGUUCUCAAUACCCCUAGUUAAAACUUAUUGUCCUCAGCGUAUUUUGUUCUUUUCUGUGAUAAAUUGUCUUCUCACUACUAUUGUAGUGUAAAUCUCACUUCAUAUUAUAGAGACAAAGGUUUGUUUUUUAUGUGACUGGCGGUAAUAAUAUCUUCCAUGCAUAUCUCUGGUAUUUGCAUUGAGUCAUUUCUGUUGUAUGUGUUCUGUUGGGUGUAGACUCAAUGGACCAGGCAGGAUGCAGUAAUCAAUCUCUCUCUCUCCACCUACAUAGAUUACUUCUUAGAAUUUCAACCCUCUCCCACCAUGCUAUUGUGUGGUUGUAUGUUAAUGCAUGCAGUGCAAUGUAGUGCUGAGUGCUUUUUUUCUAAAUUACUUAUCUUCUCGGGUGGGGUCAACCAUUCUUACCUUAGGUAAAUUCUUAUUUUCCGACAAUCCGACUACUCCCGACCUACUAGUUUGACCUAUGUAAGUAGUUGACGUAACUCACAGUCAUUGCAGGGUAUUUUGUAAAUUAUAUUAUUUUGUGUAAUUGGGUCAACCGACAGGGUCCUACAGAGCCUACAGACGUUGUUCUACCCGAGUUAAUCAGUUUGUAGGUUUGAAUGCCACUACUCUAAUUCCUGCUUUAUAAAGAAUCCUACGUGGGGAGUAUCUCAGAUGUCCCCUCCCUAUAUGGUAUAACUGCUGUAGAUGACUUAUAUUCACUCUUAUUUAUAUUAUCAUUACUAGUUUCAGAAUUAUUUUUAUUUUGCUCUUGGCCUUUUUCUAUCUUCCUAAUGAAAUUUAUAAUUUAUUUGACACCAACGCCUCUUCUUCUGUCUGUUUUAUUUCAUCAUUUAGGCCUUUUCUUGUGUUACUUAGUGCUAUUGCUCGGUUUGUUAAACACGUAACUUAACUAAGCCUGCCUUAACAGACAGAUAACGGACAGAUGAGAUGAAUUAAAGUCUGAAUAUCUAUUAGCAGAAUGCGUUAGCUUUUUAAAAACGCUAGUGUGCAGUUUACCUUCUUCUAUUCGUUUUAUUUUACAAUCUAACAUCACAGCUAAUUCUCCUUGUUUAUUUACCGAUUCAGAUGCGAAUUUUAUUCCCUCUACUAGUGAGUUUAUAUGUGUCAAGAAGCUAGAGGUUUUUCCUUUCUGAAUUAUUUUUUCUUCGGUUAAAUUUUCUCAGCUUUAUGAACUGCCUGCUUCUCA